CCACCUCAACCAACCUCGAACGUUCUCGCGCGUCCUCAUUAAACGCCACGUGUCCCCAACACCAAAACACCCUAUAAAUACAACCCGACCCAGUUCGCUCCGCUCCAUCGCGGAGGUCUCCGACGAGCAAAACCGACGACAAUGAAGGUUUAUCAUACUCGUGUUCUUCUUGCUCUCAGUUUUGCUCUGCUGUUUGCUGUUAGGCCCUCGAACGGGUCUCUGCUGCCGCUAGUACUGGAUCGGGUAGGGAGCCCGUUGUCGGAUCAGUUGCCCGACCCGUUUAGGAUACUGGAGCAGAUUCCGUUCGGGCUUGACCGUGACGAUGCGGUGGCUGUGUCGCCGGCGAGGGUUGACUGGAAAGAGACUCCGACCGGGCAUCAGAUCGUGAUUGAUGUGCCUGGUAUGAAGAGGGACGAGCUUAAAAUAGAGGUAGAAGAGAACCGAAUCCUUCGAAUAAGCGGCGAGAGAAAGAGGGGAGAAGAGAAGAAGGGCGACCACUGGCACUGCGUGGAGCGCAGCCACGGCAAGUUCUGGCGACAGUUUAGGCUCCCCGACAAUGUGGACCUCGACAAGGUUGAGGCCAAGCUUGUAGACGGAGUUCUCACCGUGAAUCUCACCAAGUUGGCUCCUGAUCAGAUCAAGGGUCCGAAGGUUGUGAGCAUUGGAGGAGGGGAGAGUGAGAGGGAGAAGCUCGGUGGAGAAGCUAAGAAGACUGAGCUAUGAGGAAUGCUGUUGAGUUUGUGGCUUUUAGUCGAGUGAUGAAGGGAUUUUUGUGUGUCUGUGGGGUUUUUGUGUGUGUCUGUGAAUGAGAGUAUGCGAGGUGUCAUGCAUGUAGUGGAGUCUUGUGUAGAGAAUAAAUAAAGAAUGAGGUGGGCAUGUAGCUAGUGCUGAUCAGAAAACUUGGAUCUCUUCAUUUGAAGAUAUGUUUUGGGGAUCGUAGUAUCGCCAAUCA